CCUUCCGGUUCUUCUGCAUGUGUGCCCCGGGGCUUCAAAAAGGAAGAGGAGGCAGCAGUGGGGAGAAAGAGCUGGGGUGGGUGGCCCAGUCAGAGAUCUUCUUCCCACCCUCCUGAGACAUCCCCCACCCACCUUCCCAGGAUGCAGCAAGAGGUGGAGCCCCUGUGCUGCUCCACCCGGGGCACCCCCAGCAUGCACAGGGAAGCAGGAGCCCUCCUUGUGGACCUUGAGAACUCAGAAGAGACACAAGCUUGGAGCCUGGGCAGGCCCACCAAAUCCUCGAAGCAGUACCUGCACCAGGUCAUUGCAGAAUAUGAGGCACUGGACCGAGAGCUCCCGUGCAUCCGGAAGUUCCCCACACCACCCACGGCCCAGCCCCUCUGCCUGUGCAUGGAGACCUCGACUGAGGAGGACCUUACCCACCUGGAGGUGCUGCAGGCGCUGGAGGCCGAAUUACCCGGGGCCAUGCAGAGCGGCCGCGUGAGCAGCAUCCGCUUUGAGAACAUGAACGUCAUCUGUGGGACUGCGGGGCGCAGGAACCGGUGGCUCAUCACCGUCACGGACUUCCAGACCCGCUCGCGCCUGCUGCGCUCGGGGCUCUGGCUCCGCGGGUUCGCGCACCCGCUCGUGCGCCACGACGAACUGCUGCUGAGCGAUUACCGCCUGCACCUGCGCCGCUCCCUGGUCCGACGGCGCAUGCUCGAGGCUCUGGGGGCGGAGCCGACCGAGGAAGACUGACAAGUGGGGACGGGCCCCGGCUGCGCUUGCGCACCGCCCAGCUGGUUCGGGCGACUCACCCGGAUCCCCCGAGGAAGGGGGCAAGGCCUCCCCAGGAAGGAGGCGGGGCCGGCUCGAGGGGGUGGAUACUGUGAGUUUAAUUAUAAAGAAUGACCUGGUACAAAA